AAACCUGUCCACCUGGAUUCAAAAACAGACGGUGGUAAACAAUUUGUGUAUGUAUGUACAGUGAAUAAUAUAUAUCUCUUGUUUGCAAGAAAUUUUUGUAAAUUUCUCAAUAAUGGAGCUCGAUGAGUUGGAGCAAUCUGUGAAGAGCCUAAACGCGGUGCUCAACAAGUUCCCGAUCGGUGCGAUUUCAUUGAACGAUUUCAAACCAGUCAAGGAGAAGAUCCAGACGGCCAGAGAGUCCCUGAUGCAUUUGAAUGCCAGGUUAUUAAUGCUUCAAGCAAAAUAUAAACAAUACACAGAUGACGGACGAAGGCGACAUGAAGAAGAAUCUGUUGGAGUUGCAUUGCAGAAUGUUACAAGUGACACACUGAUAAACGCCAAGGCCAUCAAAUUAUGUCUUCAUAGUGCCACUAUUCUUUCUAUCCUUAGUAAUAAGGAAGGCGAUGUUGAAGACCAAAAUAAACUCUUUGCCUAUAUGAGUAAACUACUUGCUUUCAAUGACAGUAUUAUGACCAUUCACGAAGCCAUUGAAAAAGGAUCUCGACUGCAGUUAGAUUUAAAAGUAGAAUGUCACCAGGCGUUGUUUGAUUACAAAAAUUUUUUAAAGGAACAGGAACGGAUACGAAGUGAGAGAUUACAGGAAACAUACCCUGAAAUUGUACAGAGAAAAAACAAAAUGGAAAAAACUUUACGAAAGAUAAAUAUAAUGAAAAAACUCAUUAGAAAUUUUAUAGCAUCAAGCAGAUAUAUGCUAGUAAAACAGCCCAUAUUGUUAGAGAUGUUGGAGAAGCAUAGAGAACUAAUAAAUGUUGAAACAAUCGUCAAAAUGUCCCAAAAUAAUAAUGACAUUGUAUAACAGAGGUAGAGAGAGAAAGAUAAAGAAUGAAAGAAAUAUCAAAGAGAAAAUACACACGAAUUCAAUAUGAACUUUUUUUCUCUUUUCUUACUUGCUAAGCGCAAUAGACACAACACAUAUUUACAAGAAUAAGCUUCCACGCAAAUCUUAAUGUCUCUUUCUUUUUUUCCCCUUUUUUUUAAGUUCUUCUGUUAAAGCGUCUUGUCAGACGGUGUUUUGUAUAAGUUAAUUGUUAAAUAAAGCUUAAUUGAUAUUGUAUAUAAGUUAAAAAUUAUAUAUAUAGGAUAGUAAUCACAGCAUACAUAUAUAGUAAAAUUUUCACUAUAGGGGUAGAGAGAGAUGUACAUAUUCAUGUCUUUAAAAACGAUAUAGUUGAGAGACUUUCCCUUAUAUGAUUAUAUAUAUAUAAUUUACGUAUUAUACAUAUAUAAUAUUAAACAUCACGUGUGAUAAAAUGCAAAUGUAA